AUGGGCAAAAGAUUGGCUAUUUUGUGGCUAUGCGCAGCAUUCUUCCUUCUCCUUGGCGUGGAGAUCUCCGACGCCUUCAAGUCAAACCCUGUGAAAUGCCAUGACAGCAAGAACUUCCCAACUUGCUUCAAGAACAAUAACUUAUAUUGCCCGAAGGAGUGCCCAUGGAGUUGCACGGUCGAUUGUGCCAAGUGUCGGCCAGUCUGCAACCCACCACCCAAAUCCUUGAAUCCGAACAAGAAUGCAGACUGUAACGACAAGAAAAAAUUACCUCAAUCACCGCAAAAUAAACCCAUCAAAUUCCCACCCGUGGUUAACCAUCCACUAAGGCCGGAACCACCUAAGAAACAACAGAUCAACUUCCCACCUCAUAUGUCGUUCAAUGGUUAUUCAACACCACCACCUAAGAAACAGAUCAGCUAUCCACCUCAAACACCGUUCAAGGGCUAUUCAACACCACCACCUAAGAAACAGAUCAGCUACCCACCUCAAACACCGUUCAAGGGCUAUUCAACACCACCACCUAAGAAACAGAUCAGCUACCCACCUCAAACACCGUUCAAGGGCUAUUCAUCACCACCACCAAUGGUUAACCCUCCACCAACUAAGAAAGAGACUGAAUCCCCAGGUCUAGCAACGUCCAAGGCUUCUUCAACGCCGCCGCGAGUGUCGACUUAUCCAAGGACAUCUAGGUGUAGGAACAAGAACUAUACGAAAUGUUAUUUGACACAACAUAAGUGUCCACCUGCAUGUCCUGACCACUGCGAAGUUGACUGUGCCAAAUGUAGUCCUGUUUGUAGUUGCAAUUAUCCUGGAGCAGUGUGCAUGGACCCAAGAUUUGUGGGUGCAGAUGGCAUAACCUUUUACUUCCAUGGAAAGAAAAACCAAGAUUUUUGCAUUGUGUCCGAUCAUAACCUCCACAUAAAUGCUCAUUUCAUCGGUAUUCGUAACCACCAUAUGACCCGUGACUUCACCUGGAUCCAAUCCCUCGGUAUUCGCUUCGGGUCCAACAAUAUCUCUAUCGCUGCCCUCCAUACCUCUACUUGGGACGAUACAUCCGAUCGCCUCUCCAUUUCCUUCAACGGGCAAUCUCUUGAAGAUUGGGGUUCGCCAGAAACCGAUCCUAAGGUUGUCUUCAUCAGGCAGACUAACUCGGUGGUAAUAGAGGCAAAGGAUUUGUUUCUGAUUAAGGCAAAUGUGGUUCCCAUAACACAAAAAGAAUCUAAUGUGCAUGGUUAUGGGAUUGACACCGAUGAAGACUGUUUUGCGCAUCUUGACUUGAGUUUCAAGUUUUAUUCACUUAGUGAGGUGGUUGACGGAGUAUUAGGUCAAACAUAUGCAUCAAACUAUGUGAGUAGAGUGAAGAUGGGAGUAGCAAUGCCUGUCUUGGGUGGAAACGAUAAGUUUCUCUCUUCAAGCAUCUUUGCAACGGAUUGCAUUGCCUCUCGGUUUAGUGAGAAGCCUAUGAAGUUGUAG